AUGAAGCCACUUCUGAUCUUCGUGUUGGCCGGAAGCCUGUUUGUACAGCCAGCGGGUUCACUUAAGUGCUACACGUGUGCAAUGCAGGUCAGCAAUUCCAAGUGCCAAGGAGUGAAAGACUGUGACCACACUGCCAAAGCGUGCAAAACGGAAGUGCUAAGUGUCAUUGGCGUCAUCACUUUGAUCUCCAAAGAGUGUGCGUUGUCUUGCGAGGCGGCCUUCAAUGACUACACCGUGGCCAAAAGGAACGUCUCGUGCUGUGACACCGAGUUUUGCAACUUCAGCGGGGCCAGUGGCUUUGAGAUAAGCUACACCAAGGUGGCCUUGGCUCUCUGCACCAGCUUUGCCUUGACUUUUCUCAGGAGUGGGCCCUGAGGGGUGGGAAGGGGGGCUUGUAAGUUUGCAAAUGCAAAAAGAAAAAAAAAAUCUAGAUUCUUUUCCA